AUGCUGAUCACCAAAGAACACCACGACGUCCCGCACGCGCUCAACCCCAAUGGCCGCCCGAUCCGCAUAUUCGUGAUAUCCCCCAACGUCCCCGGAUAUCCGUCGGCCAACGAACCACGUUCCAGCGAGAUCUAUCAGGUCACCGGGCCUGUCGAACGAUUCGCUGGCCAGAUCGCUAGUCAAGGAUAUGUCGUCGCGUGCCCUUCGAGCUUUCAUGAGUUUGAAGGACCUGAACCUAUCCCGUACGACGUCGAAGGUACCGAUCGCGGGAACAAGUACAAGAUUGAGAAAGAGGUUGCCGCAUAUGACGAGGAUGCAAAGCUGUCCGUGGAUCUUCUCUGUUCGCUCAAGAAUUGCAACGGACGGAUAGCAGCUACCGGAAUGUGUCUUGGAGGACAUUUGGCACGCCCCUUCCAGGCUGCGUUUGAUCCCCGCGUGCUUUCCUCCGUAUGCUUCUUUGCGACGGACAUCCACAGCGCUACCCUCGGCAAGGGCAAGAAAGACGAUUCGCUCGAGAAGGUUCGCAAAGGUGAUCUCACGGGCAAGGGCGAGUUGGUUAUGAUCUUCGGCAAACAAGACACCCACGUCCCACGUGCCGGCCGCGACCUCAUCCGCAAAGAACUAGAGGAUGCGAACGUUAUCGUUUCGUUCUUGGAAGUCCAAGCUCAGCAUGCGUUCAUCCGCGACGAGUCCUCCAAGGGCCGCUGGGAUGCCGCACUAACUCGCUCGCUGUUUGGAUAUAUGCUCGAGGUGUUCGAGCGCACAGUCGGUAGGGACCUAGGACCCAAGGCUGGGGGGCCCCAAGAAAUAGAACACGUCUGCUGA